CCCAACCUAAUCGGUUUAAUUAUCUUUCAAUUUUCCACGAGGUCGAUUUUUUUUUUUUUUGGCGUGAGAGAAAAGAAGGAGAAUUUAUUUGUUUAUUCAAAUUGAGAAAUGUUGCCUUCAAGUUUCAAAGAUGGAACAUAACUCCCAAAGCAACAGCCAACCAAUUUGUUUUGUCACUCUCAGCUUUCAACAUUUCCUCUGCCAACUGCACACCCUAUUCUCUGUCAUCUUUUUUUUAACUUUUUUUGGUUUUCUCUUUGUCAUUUUCUACUCACGUUCUUUUCUUCCAUUUUGUCAAAACUCAAAUCUAACCCCUCCCUCUUUCUCUCUCUUGCAUUUAAAGUUUUUUUUUUUUUUUUAAAACUAUAAAGCAAAACUGGGUCAAACUCUUUUUCUUUUGUAAUCUUAAGUUCUUUUUGUGUGUGAUUGUGUGUGUGUGUGUGUGUGUGUGUUGUGUUUUCCACAAUCACUCUCUAACAAGCCAAAGCAGGUUUUUUGUGUGCUAACAUGGAGAAAAGCCAGGAACUUGCACUGACCCAGAUGAGGAAAUCAGUUGAAAAGCUUGGCUUUUCAACUGAGAAUUAUGGGGAUCCAACAAUCAUGAGGUUCUUGAUUGCAAGAUCAAUGGACGCAGAAAAAGCUUCAAAGAUGUUUGUCCAGUGGCUGAAAUGGAGGUCUUCUUUUGUUCCAAAUGGGUUCAUUGCAGAAUCUGAAGUGCCGGAUCAAUUGGAAGCCAGAAAGGUUUUUUUGCAAGGUUUAUCAAAGACAGGAUAUCCAGUUCUAAUUGUCAAAGGAUGCAAGCAUUAUCCUCCCAAGGACAUUCUCCAGUUCAAGAAGUUCGUGGUUUAUCUGCUAGACAAAACUAUAGCAAGCUCUGUGAAAGGAAGAGAAAUAGGAAAUGAAAAGUUGAUUGGCAUUCUUGAUUUUCAACAAAUUACAUACAAAAAUGUUGAUGCACGUGGAUUAAUAACCGGAUUUCAGUUCUUACAGGCAUAUUUCCCAGAGCGCUUAGCAAAGUGCUACAUGUUGCAUAUGCCACGGUUUUUUGUCAGCGUUUGGAGGAUGGUUUCUCGCUUCAUUGAGAAGGCAACACUGGAAAAGAUUGUAAUUGUGACGAAUGAAGACGAGAAGAAAUCCUUUAUAGAGGAAAUAGGUGAGGAAACCGUGCCUGUCGAGUACGGUGGUAAGGCAAAGCUGACAGCCAUCCAAGAUGUAGAAGUGCCACCAUUGGAAGGCUGAUCCCACCAAAAGUUUUAGGCAGCAAUUGUUGCUAAAGUAGAACUCAUUGGACCAUUCAUCGUGACCAAUAUAGUUAACACUGCAGCCACCCAUUGAAGGGUUAAACUUAAACCCUCAAACCAUCAAUGCAGCUGCUCUUAAUCCACGUAAUUCGAGUAUUUAUGUAUGGAUAAUAGUUCCAACAUUACGUUGGCUUCAAUGGAGUAUCUUAUCAUCAUCUUGAAUAGCUACAAUUUUAAAAGUAACCUUCCCAAAACCUUCUUAAAUGGAAAUAUCAUCUUAUAAACAAAUUACUUUGUGCCUUAUAUAAUUAUAUAUCUUGUUAUAUUUCAAAAUGCCAGAAGGUUGAUGUUGCCU